AUGAAAAACCAUACAAUAACAACCUUCAUUCUCCUGGGACUAACAGAUGAUCCACAGCUUCAGGGUCUACUUUUAAUUUUCCUAUUUUUUACCUACUUAUUAAGUAUAACUGGGAAUCUGGCUAUUAUCUCACUUACAUUAGUGUCUUCUCACCUUAAAACACCGAUGUAUUUUUUCCUACAAAAUUUUUCUUUCUUAGAGAUCUUAUUCACAUCAGCUUGUAUUCCUAGAUACUUAUAUAACCUAUCAACAGGUGACAAGACUAUCACCUACUGUGCCUGUGCCAUUCAAGCAUUUUUCACUGAUCUUUUUGGAGUUACUGAAUUUUUUCUCCUUGGUACCAUGUCCUAUGACCGCUAUGUGGCCAUAUGUAAACCCUUGCAUUACACCAUCAUUAUGAACAUCAGGGUCUGUAGACGGCUCAUCCUUUGCUGUUGGAUGGCUGGCUUGGUAAUCAUACUCCCACCAUUUAGCUUGAGCCAAAAUCUGGAAUUCUGUGACUCAAAUGUCAUUGAUAGCUUUCUCUGUGAUGUAUCCCCCUUUCUUAAGAUUUCGUGCUCAGACACAUGGGUCAUUGAGCAGAUGGUUAUAGUCUGUGCUGUGCUGACCUUCAUCACAACACUUCUUUGUGUGGUUCUCUCCUACAUACACAUAAUCAAGACUGUUGUAAGAUUCCCUUCUGCACACCAAAGGAAAAAAGCCUUUUCUACCUGUUCUUCCCAUAUGAUUGUGGUUUCUAUCACUUAUGGCAGCUGUAUCUUCCUCUAUGUCAAACCUUCAGCGAAGGAAUCAGUGGCCAUAAAUAAGGGUGUAAUAAUGUUAAUUACUUCCAUCGCUCCUAUGUUGAACCCCUUUAUUUAUACUUUGAGAAACAACCAAGUAAAACAAGCUUUCAAUGACUCAAUCAAAAGGAUUGCCUUAUCUUCCAAGAAAUAA